AUGGGUUUCCAGUCCUUCUUCUUUGCAGCUCUUGGCGUGACGCUCACUUUGGCCGACAAUGAUAGUAAAGAUCUUACCAUGUCUGUCGGCACAAAUGGUGUGACUGUACAAGCUACAAGCGGAACAACUGCCUUUAUGGGGACGGAAUACAAUCCGGAUAAAUGUGUGCUCCAAUUUUUAAGCUUGGGCUGUGAUGACGACGACUGUGCUGAACUUAAUGGGUAUCAACUCGAGUGCGUGUCUCAGGGGAUGCAAAAUGGGAAAGAAAAGAAAAUGUGUGAAUGCAAACCGGAAGAUGCGAAAAAGUGCCAAAAUUCCGUCAGUCCGAACGUGAAAUCGGGCACGGUUGCCCAAUUUGGGGAAUGCAAUGACCAAUUGCAAUGUGCUGACACUUAUGGGUACAUUUCGACGUCGAAUGAAGAAGGACCCAUUUGUGCCGAAAAGCUCCAUUGUCUCAAGGAAAUUAAUUCAAAAGCCACGGAACCGGCUUCGAUUUGUCACACGUGUAUGUCGUGUAUUGCUCAGAAUGAUGCUGCGAAAAAGCAAUUGGCUGCAGCCAAGCGCUUUAACUGUUCGUCCAUUUGUCCGAAGGAGAUAUUGGAAACUGUCAAGGAACGAAAUGCUGCUGGAGUGGGCAUUGCGGACUCGUACACUGUUCAAGAUUCGAAAACUGACCCGGAUCAUGAUGUUAAUGCUGGCACGUCAGGAAAUGACAAGGCACCGACUACUAAAAGCAGUUCUGCUGCUUCUCAAGUCAACGUUCCUGCUAUUCUAUUAGCUAUUGUUGCUGUCGCUCUGAUUGGAGCGAUGAAUUAG